CAUGUCCUUUGACGAACGCAGCUUGAAACUUACCACCUUAGCCGUGGAAAGCUCUGGCCGCCUUGGAGAGGAGGGUUACGAGUCCAUCGAUGAACUCGCGACACAUGCCGUGGGAGGAAGGGACGGAGGAACGAUGGCUCUGAAAGGAGUCUUAAAGGAACGACUUCUUCUGAUCGUUUCGGUGGCUACACAGGUGGCCAUAUCUCGGCGAGUGCAGAGGUACAAGCUCGCAUUGCGCGGGCGUCAAGACGCCGAAAACAGGCGAACAAGAUCGACCUCGAACCAGUCAAUGCCAAUGAUAUGGGGAUGGAGUGUAGACGCAUCGUAGAACGCGUUUUCGUUUGAAGUUGGCGUCUUGUUUGAGAGUAGAUGUGACAGAUUUGCGUAGAAUAGGGUGUUAUCAUGAACGGAGAAGAAAGGGCUUUUCCAACACGGAGAUGUAGCAUGGAUCAAAGCAUUUGUUGGAUUUCAGCUUUUACGAGAGGACAUCAACGCAGUAGUAUUUUAGCAAGCUUACGAACGCAUACAGGAUACCAUGAGGAUUGUCAUUGGUUAAAUUUCAAGUUGAAGAGAAGAUAUUUUUACGAUGUUAGUAAGUGGCAGUAGAAAUAAGUCCUACAUAUGUUAUUGUACUUCGUAUUGGUUUAAUAUUCGUGUAG